UAGAAACAUAAGCAGCUAACAUAACAAACAAAAUGUGUGCAGCACUUUUGCGAAAUAGCAUUAAAUGCAUUCAUUUAAGAUUAAAUACAACUGUGCUUACCAAUAGGAAUAUCUGCACAAGUGCAUUACGCUGCAAGUGGCGGAACACAAGCUCCGCAGAUGUGGAGCGCAAUCUCUUAAAGGGUGAUAAUAUACCGGCAAAUUAUCAACUCAUCUAUCGUGCACCCUUGGAGAAAUAUGUGACCUGGGCAAAGAAUGUUUCGACUCUUACAGUCUCCCUUAUUUCCUUAGUAGCCGCCUAUAACCUGGCCACAACAUCAAUGAACUUUUCGAAUGCUGUGCAGAAAAUUGACGUUGGAGUCCUGGCGUCGACUGAAGCGGAUUUUUAUUUCUUUGCAGUAGGCUUUGUGUUAAUUAACAUGGCCAUAAGAAUUUUCGUAUUCAAAUACCCACUGAGAAUUUACAAGACCGGCGAUAAAUAUGUUGCCGUCUAUGGUUCACAAUGGCCUGUUGGCAUAGUCAAGCAUUAUUUUCAGCGCGGCCAAAUAGAAGAGUAUAAAAGUGUCUUAAAUCCUUGGAGUCACAUUAUAUUUAAGCUGGGCCACCGUUCAUCGAUGCUAAUGAUUGAUUACUUUAAGACCCCAUCAGAAUUUCAUGAGCUAUUUAAGGAGAAAGAACCUUAAUGUUUAAUUGUU